AAUUGCCAAUAACCCAUGACUUUGUAAUAAUAUUAUGAAAGUAGUAUAUAUCCAAGUACUUGACAAUAACACAAUUUUAUGAAUGCACGUAAUUAACUAAAACCAAAAAACAUAAUCAUAAUAAAUGUUUAUGUACUGUACUAACACACUUUUCAAGUUUGAGAAAGUGAGAACAAGAAGAUAAUGACUGCCGAUGAACGUAAUUUUCGUUCAACUUAUUACGAAAAAGUAGGCUUUCGAAAUGUAGAAGAAAAAAAAUCUCUCGAAAUUUUACUAAAGGAUAAGCAUGUGGAUAUUUUAAAGUUAAAACAAUUUUGCUUGAGAUUUUCAGUACCUGCAAUUUACAGAAACACUGUAUGGAAAUUAUUAUUAAAUGUAAUCCCAAAGUAUGAGAACUGUCGACAAUUUGUGAUGGAACAGAGAAAUCAGGAAUUUAAGGAUCUCCUGCAUGUUGUUCAAGUUAUGAGAUUGGUAGAUGGAAACACUUCAAAACCACAAGUCUUUCUUAUCAUGUGGUUAUUGCAAAGUGGAAACUUAGGAUAUGAUUUUAACACGCAGUAUCACAGGGACUAUGGCUUUAUCAAUAUUGUACAAAGUUUAAUGGAGUACUUUCAUUUUACUGAUGACAUUGAUAUUUACUGGAUUGCCAAAUCCCUUUAUGGAAACAUUAUAAAGAUCGAGACAGACUUUCCAAAACUUUUAGAAUGCACUUGUACAAUUCUAGAAAGGGAAGAUAAUGCCUUGUAUAAGUAUCUUCAAGGUGAAGGUAUUCUGAAUAAUCUGCCUCUUGAAAAGUGGUAUAAAAGCUGUUUAGCAGGCGUUUUGAAUGAUUCUGCAUUGGCCAAAAUAUGGGACAAGUUAUGCGGUGGGUCUAAUAAAAUUUUAGUUUUUGCUGUUAUUUCUUUAUUAAUUAAUCAGAAGUACAGACUCCUCACUUGUACAACAUUGAACCAGGCCCUGGACUACCUAAAAAACAUUUCUGAUGAUGCAGCAGAUGUUAUAGCAAAUCAAUCAAUAGAAAUGUGGCAGCAAAACGGUAGUCCAUUGACUGUUCAUGACAAACCUAAACCGUAAAUAAUAUUGUAAGUAAAUUUCUACAUUUUCGUCUUUGCCAAGCAUUUGUGAAUGCUUGUACCAUACAUUAUUUUGUUUGUGACUAAUAAUUAGUUAAUUAGGAUUAGGAUAAGAUAAAUAAAAAUUUAUGGUUAGUCAA